AUGACCGCUACAUCGCUACAGGUCACCACCUGGAACCUGCCCAACGUAGACUACACCAAAAGCGACGCACAGCCUCAACAGAUCCCCGCCGAGCUCAGCUACCAGAUCGUUCUCAACUUCGACAUUCGCACCCUCUCCUCCCACCAUGCCGAUGGUGGUGAUCAGACUGGCCUGCUAUACACGCCAGAUCUUGCAACUGGGGACUCUUGUAUAGCCGAUAGCGAUCCAUACGUCCAAAAUGCGACUCGAAUAGCGAAUCUACCGAACGCGGUCUCGGAAUAUCGAGUGAUGGCCAUUGCGCCAUGGACGAGUAAAGAAUGUGCGCUGAAAUACAUGCUCGCCGCAAGACUCAAUCCCAACAACCGAGGUUUCAUCUUCUUUCUUCCCACCAACUCGUCUGCAACGCCACCGGCUUCAAAUGACCCGCAAUGGAAUAUCGAGGGCAGCUGGAAGCGCGAGAAUGGCUAUCCCGUAUACGCUAUUCCCGUGCCCAGGGGUCAUGAAUUGACGGAGGGGGGCGUGUCGCCUACAGACUACGUUCGUCUGUUUGCGGAUAUAAACACAGGAUCCAUGACUUCCCUCCCGAGUUUGUGGGUAUUUCUAUUAAUCGUCCUGGCGGUUUUGCUCGCUGUCAUUGCUUUGACGUCACUCUCGAUGCAUCUCAUACAGCGGCGAAGGAGGAGGUCCUUGAGAAGACGCAUUGCGAGCGGCGAAGUCGAUCUCGAAGCUCUGGGGAUCAAGCGCCUCACACUUCCUCAGCCUCUACUCGACAAGAUGCCUAAGUAUGUGUAUGGAACAGGACCGGGCAGCCGCUCCCUCGCAGAAGAGAWGCUUGCUGGCGACAUGCCUGCGGCUCACACCUUUCACGCAUCUCCACUGUCACAGCCCACGUGCCCGAUCUGCUUGGACGACUUCGACGAGGCUAGCGCAGAACAUGAAGGCAGUACCGUCCGGGAACUGCCAUGUCGCCACAUCUUUCACCCCGAGUGUGUAGACUCCUUUCUACGCCUGAACAGCAGCCUAUGCCCUAUGUGCAAGAAGAGCGCUCUGCCGAAAGGAUACUGUCCCAAGACUGUGACGAACGCCAUGGUGCGGCGAGAACGCAAUGUCCGCCGAAUCCGAGCCAACAUCGACUUGUCCUCCCCUGAGAUGGGGCGAGUGGAUGGAGGCCACACGACGACAGGCUUUGUUCAACGACUGCGCGCGCUUCCUGGCUUGGGCAGCAGAACUAGCAAUGCACCACCUAUUACAGAAAGUCAGCGCAUGGAAGAACUCGAUAUGCGCGCCGCCUCGACCACUGCUCCUGCUCCUGUAUUGGUCCCCGGCAUUUCGUCUGGUCCUCCAGAUCAGACGCGCGCCGCGCUUGGGCAGCGGGAAUGGGCAAGGCAGCGGGCUCUCAAUAUGCUAGGUCGGAACGAAUCUGGGGACCCCGACCUGGAAGAGUCGCAACAAACACCCGCCUGGAGGAGAGGAAUCCGAAAGAUCUUCCCAGGUUUUGGACGAUGA